CUAGUUUUCACCAAUAGUAUUCAAUGUUUUAUGUACUUUUGUAGAAAUAUUUUUUUAUUGUAAAAUAUAUAUAAUAUCAAAAUAUAUAAUUUCAUCUAUUUGAGAAAUGUGUUGGAACUUUGUUACCAAAUAAUGUCCAAACAGUAUAGAACAAAGUUAGUAACAAAAAAUUACUUUUGUAUAACCAUGUGGUCACAAAGUAAUAAAUGUUCUGAAUAGCGCAAUAGUAACUUAUUAUUAGAAGUUAAAACUUUAUAAUUUAAAAUAAAAAUAUCUGUUUUGUAAUUUAAUAUUUAGAUUUACUUUCAUUAAAUAAAAUAAUAUUAUUGCAUAAAGAUCAAAGUAUUGAAUCUGGUAUAAACAAGAAUAUUAACCAAAAAGUUGAAAUGGGAGCGGUGUACUCUUAUAUUACGCGACCAAUUCGUUCAUUUAACAUUGAAAAUCGUACAGCACGUUUAUUUGACAAGAAGAAGCCAAUUCCUGCUCCUGAAUAUCAAUCAUUACAGAGACAAAGGGAAGUUGUAGAUAAAUUGAAACCUAAUUUGAAAAGCAUUCUGCACAAAAAGGAUCAUGAAUUAAAUGAUCGUUUAAAGAGUGUCUUCGUUCAGUCUAAAGAUCCAGAGAUUGUGCCAAAACAGGUCUCAUCUAAGCCAUUACCACAGGAUAAAAGUCAAUAUUCUUUAGAUGAAUUUUAUGAAUCGCUUGUUCCUCAGAAGGGUAAAUGUACCAUAAAAGAAGUAGUAAUGUUCUUGACUAAACAUCAAGAAAAUAAGGCAGAAUACUCUAUAGAAAGAAUAUCCCAAAAGUAUCAAAUAGAUAAACAAACAAUAGAAAAUAUUUUAACAAAUUAUAAACUCUUUCAUAUGAUGACAGAUGUGGAAAAGCUGAAGAUAGAGGAGGGUAAGAAAAAAUAAGAUUUUUGUAUUAUAAUUAACCGUUUGAGUCCCAGGGGUUUUUGAAAAAACAGGGUCGAAAAAUCCCUAACAGCGUGAUAGCGCUUUUCCUAAUCGAUUGCGAAGAGAAACAAGUGGCGUAAUAGCGCUCAUCAUAUUUGUUAUUUUUA